AUGCCCCCAAGGACGCUGGGCGGUGGUCGUGUCCUGGGCAAUGCGAACGCUUUCACUCCCGCCGCGGCCUCAUCAUCUCCGCAACAGCAGCAGCAGCCCAAGGGAGCUCGGGUUCUGUCGCCAUCCGCCAGCAGCGUGUCUCUCGGCUCGCAGGCAUCCGCGUCGCAGUUUUCCUCAACGGAGAGCCAGGAUUUGAUCUCGAGGAUAUCGUUGGAGAAUGGUGAUACUUCGAUAUCAGCGGCCCCGGCGGCGGCUGGGGCACAGCUUGCUUGUCCGAUCUGUAGUGAGGAGAUGGUAACGUUACUGCAAUUGAAUAGACAUCUCGACGACGUCCACCAAAACCUAGAAGACGACCGCCAAGACGAAGUCAAAGACUGGUUCAAAGUCCAAAUGGAAAAAGCAAAGCGCUUCCAGCCCCUCGCCGUCCUAAACCAGAAACUCAAAGGCCUGGAUGUCUUCGAAUCGAACGAGAACAUCCAGCCAUCCCUCGCAGGGCCCUCUACCCGACCCCUCGCUCCCGCUACUUCUUCUUCUGCACAAGUACCUCUUCCGGCUCCUGAUAAUGGUCCGAGACCGUUGGAUCCGGAUGAUGUGAUUACAAAGGAACAUUGGCAGCCUCGGACGUUUAAUGAUGUUUGCUUGGAGCCGACGUGCGGGAAGAGGCUGAAUGCGACGAAUGGGUGUGUGCAUUGUCGGAAGUGUGGGAAGUUGUUCUGCGAGGAGCAUACUAUGUAUCAGAUGAAGUUGUCGAGGUCUGCGCAACAUGAGCCGGUCAGGGGGUUGUGGUCUAGGGUUUGUGAGACUUGUUAUAAGUCACGAGAGGGGUACAAUGAUCAUAAUGGCUUGGUGAGAAAUCAAACCGACGCAUUCCGGGCCAUGAGAAAACCCGUCGUCGACAAAUCCACGCUGGAAAUGUCUCGGUUAGAGAAACGCUUGACGCGACUUACUCAACUACUAGCCAAUUUGCCUUUAGAGCAGAUCCAGUCUGGAGGGAACAAGCUCUGGUCUAUUUCGUGGCAGAACGAUCAACGCAAGGCCCUUGAGCAGACGAUCGUCAGCUGGCAAGACGAUGCGAGCGUUCCCAGGUGUCCUUUUUGUCAGCAGGACUUUUCCGCUUAUACUUUUCGGAGACACCACUGCAGGACUUGCGGGCGAGUUGUUUGUGGUGAUCCGGUGACGGGAUGUUCUGCGGAAGUACCGUUGAGCAUUGCACCUAUGUCGAGGGUGCCUGCGGAGAAAGGUACUACGGGCUUGAUUGAUGUUGAUAUUAGGCUCUGCAAGGAAUGCAGAGCAACCUUGUUCAAUCGGCGAGAUUUUGAGGCAGAUAUACUGCGGAAACCUCCAGACCUGAGGGCAUACGAGAACUUGACACAAUUUGAGAGAGGCAUUCGAAUAUUGCUGCCAAAAUUUCAGAAGCUUCUAGCAGCUUUACAAGAUUCGAGACGGCCACCAUCGGCCGCUCAAAUAGCAGAUGCCUCCAAAGUCCGCAAGCGACUUAUCGAUUCCUUUUCCCAAUAUGACGUCGCGGCCAGACGAAUCCGCGACAUGCCAACUGAUUCCAUUACGCAAAAAUGCCUCCAAAAAGCCGUCUACCAACAAGCCAGCAACUUCCUGCACCUCCAUAUGCUUCCUCUGAAAUCUCUACCUAAGAUUCUCAAGCACGCCAUACCUAAUGCUCGCCUUCCAAGCGCCACGAGUUCUCCCACACCAAGCAGUUCGCCUGCAAAUGGUCAUCGACCACAUGAGUCCGCUCUUGCGUCUAUCAAGUACGGGAAUCCGGCAGCCAACGGCAGCGCUAGCAGCGUAACCAGCGAGACGAGUAGCGCUAUUUCGGCAAUGGAGGCAGAAGAAAAGUCACUUCGCGAUCGACUUAUUGUACUGGAAGAGCAGAAAUUCUUCGUGUCGGAGAUGAUCGCCGACGCGAACCGUCGUCGCAAAUUCGACGAAGUCAGUAGUCUUGCUGUGAAUAGUGAGGAUCUCAGUCGGGAGAUUGAUCGCGUCAAUGGGAUGUUGGAUGGGUUGGAUUUUGAGGGUGUUUAUACUACUACUGGCCAACCGCAGGUUUGA